CUGGAGGAGAAGGUUCAAGGAGACCAAGAGCUACUGCAGCAGCUGGAGCCCUUUCUGCAGAGUUCAGCAGAGAAGCUUCAGGACCUGAAGAGGCGCAGGCUGGAUCUGCGUAAAGAGGGGAACGCUCUGAUCGAUUUCUUGUGUGAAGACAAGGACACCUUUAAGCUGGACGAGUGCUUCCGCAUCUUUCAAGACUUCUGCAUCAAGUUCAAGAAAGCUGUCAAGGACAACGUGGACCGUGAGUUGAAGGAAGCUGCCAGACAGCGUCGUCUGAGGGAGUUGGAGGAAAAGCGUUUUGCUUGGUCGGGUACAGAUAAGAGUGGUGUAUUUGGUCGGAGCAGCAGCGAGAACGAUGUAGAGAUGCUCACUAAAGAAGGCCUGCUGGACUUUUUCCAGCAGAGGGCUCAGAGUCCACACAGCCCGCUGGGACGCUCAGCCAGCGCCCGCCGCCAUCGCCACACCAUGACCUCCAUAGCAGACCGAGAACUCCAAGGAUACCUGGAGCUAUUUGGGGGCACUGGGGAUCCCGCUGACUAUUCUAAGUUUAACAGCCUACCUCGGUCGGGCCGCGCUUUGCAGCGCAGGACAACCCCCUGGAUCUUAGCCCAGGAUGACAACCGUGAGCUGGGCUGCGACAGACAGGUAACGUCUCCACAUGCAGAAACUGAGCCUGUGAGUCCGCUGGCCAGGUUUUCCUCCUCUGGCUUAAAUGAUAAAGACCCCUACAACAACAAUAAUUACUCAUCUGUGUCAGAAGGCAGCGUUCUGCCUCGGUCCUUGUGUGUCUUUAAGAAGCCCUUCCAUCUUCCCGACCCAACAGUUAGCGGCCACUUGAAUGUUUGUGUUGAGACGCACACUUUAGUUAGAGGUCCUCAAGCUUUUGACCUACCUAGUCCAAAUAAUAACAGUAAUCAUAUGCACUUUGUCAACAAGGGGGAUGUUGUGGUGACAGAUUUGGAAAAGGAGAGACAGUCACCUCCCUUAAGUCUGGACUUCCUCCUGGAUGAUAACGUUUUUGAAAGAGGAGCAGAUCCCAAGGCAGCCUGGGAAGGGAAAAUAGAUCCUCUCCCACAGGUUCGGGUCUCUCCUGAGAGAGAGAAAGAAGAGGAGGACAACAGUACAUUUUCAUCAACAACCUGUGAUACACCCCUCCCACUAGAUACCUCUGUAUCCAAUAAGAAACCAGUGUUUUAUAUACUUGACUGCACAGAAACAGACUGCUCUGUCACUUUGGAUUACUCAGAGGUUGAAAGCUCGUCUCUAACGAAGGAGGGACUUUAUUUCACAGCUGACUGUAGCAAAGAUCAGGAGAGCCAACAAGAUCCAAGCUCUCUAUCCUCUAAUUUGGAGUCUCCCAACGACCAGUCUGUUUCAACCAAUGAGCUUUCAGCGACAAAAUCUAUGGACACAGCCUCCAUGACUCCGUCUGCUUCCAAAGAAGAGUGGGACACGGACAGCUGUGACACCGCUGAGGGAAAACAAGGUGUAAAAGAUGCACCGAGAAGCAGUAAAAAAACUGUGCAUACAAAGGGCAAAGCUAACAAAGCGACUAAGUGCAUUGGAGGUCGCGGUGUGCGAAUGCUGACCAGCAACGAGAGCCAGGGUAUGCGGAAGGUUGUGCCCAUUAGCAAGCUUACAAGGACAGGUAGCAACAAGAGAGCAGAGAGACCUUUGGCGCAUGACAGUGGAGAAUCACGCCGGCCUCAUCGUGACCAGAGCACCCCAGCGAGAGGAAGGAGUGAGAAGACCGCAAAACCUCCUCGUCACUCCAGUCUGCCUCCUGAUGAGGCAAAAGCUUCAAGGGGUGGUAGCCUCACAGGUGGCUUUUCGAGAUGGGCACGCGAUUCAACACCCAGAAAGGCUUCCAUCCACAAGCCGAGCGCCAAACCCCUAAGGAACAUCCCCAAGCCAGUUCCUGAGGAGAAGAUGUGCCGCUCCACCAUGAGAGCCCUGGCACAGGCCCAAGCUCAGGCUCAGGCUGGAGCUUGCUCUGAGAACAGCAGCUCUCACACACUGAGCACAAAAAACACCUCAGAUGUCCCCAACUUUGCCCGCAACACCGUAGCUUCAUGUUCCAGGACCAAGAAGGAGCUGGUACCCCCAUCCAUCCCCUCAGUCCCUUCCGUCCCCACCACCCCGUCUCGCAGCCCCUCUCUUGUAAGUCGACGUACCUCGGUGAAGCAGAAUAGGUUGCCACCCACAGUUCACGCUAACGAGGAGCGGCCCAAGGGGACAAACCUGCGACGAGUGCAAAGUGUGAAAGCGGCCAGUCGCAGCGCCUACCGCAGCGAGACUCCCACACUGCCUACGAAGCAUGAAGAUAUCCGUAAGACUGGUAGCUUUUCUGAAAAGUCUGUCCAGUCUAGAGACUCUGUGACGACAAGCAGAAGUGCUAAACCAACCUGGAAAUAAAUAUAAACAUAGCUAGUGUAGAAAGAGAGACUUUCUCCCUCAGUUUGAUGUAAAUUGAUAUUCACUCUUCUUUUCCAUCUACAGUGCAGAUGUAUCCUCUCAUAUCAUGCAAAAGACUGGAGUAAGAAAAAAUUUCAGCUAUUUCACCUUAUAGGGUUCCUCCAAUAGCUGACUCUGUAUCAGGUUUAUGAAUUGCAAAGUGCAAGAUGCAAUGAACUGGUUUCACGUGUUCCUAUUUUGAUCGUACAAAAAAGCUAUUGUUUUCGCAACUUCCUUUUUAUCAAAGGGGGGUAUAAACUAAAAUGACAAAUGGCAAAUUGCUGUUUUUACACAGGAGCCUCUUUGCCUGCUUAGCUGUCUAUAUACUGUAUAUGCUAGUGUAUGUGAUUAUGUUGAUGUUGAACACUACUGGCUAUAUAAUGCUGCUAAUUAGCUCCGACAAUUUGAGACUGAGUUCAUAUGUUUCAUUCAGGGUUACAAGAUUUGUUGUAUCUUAACUUGCUGCUGUUAAUGGUGUCUUAGGGGUUUGCAUCCUCCUGUAGAGUAUCGCUCUGUUUGCUUAUUGGUUUCUUUGCUUGAUACCUCAGAAAGAUCGCUGUGGCCUUUUACCAGCAGAGAAAGUAGAAUAUGUUAAUUUGGUUCUGCAUGAUAAAGAUGUAGACAGUACCUGAUAAACUGGUUUGAACUGCAGUGUCACUUUUUACAAAUCCCUGGUAUAUUAAUAUUACUACAACAUAUAAAGUCACAGAUUAUAAGCCACAACUGUGGUACUUGUAUGUGUCAGUAGUUUGUAACUGUGUUAGAACUCCUCCAUAAUAUCAUGGAGUAGAUGUGCACUUAGGAAGUUUUCUGUAUACUGUAGGCUAAUACAUGAUCAAUGUAAAUGCUUUGAAACAAAAGCAUUGAACGCGCCUAAAACAACACUGAAAUGAUCAUCAGUCAUGUGAUUGUUUUGUCACACUGGUCUAAUUUUUCUACUGUGAAUGUAGUCAUCUGAUUUUUUCUCUAGGCCUGCACUUUUCAAGAUUAAAUUACAAAAAU